UGGUUCUGCUCCUUCCUUUAUUCCAUUUAAAUACCCAUCUUAGUUCUUCCUCUUCUAGCAUCGUAAUUCGUGAAGUCCUCCACAUCAAAAUUUAGAAUCCUUCAAAGCUUGCAAAUUAAGUCCAAACAGCUACCUGGGAAUUUUUCCAUAUAUACUAGUUCCGUUGGUUACUAUGAUGAUGUCUAUGUUCAGUUCGUUCGAAGCCAUUUGGGCUGAUUCUCACGCCCAGAAGCUGAAGCUUGCCGCAUCUCCCACUUCCUCUGAAGAAUCAAACCCAAAGAAAGUUUCUUGUGAAGAUGGGAACAAGAUAGAGACAAAUAAGAAUUCAUCGCCGCCGUCCGCGGCCAAGAAACCACAACAGCAAUGUUUAAGGCCCAGGCUUGCGCCGGAGCUCGACGGAGUCCACUGUUUCGAGACAAUUAUCCCUUACUAAGACAAUUACAUUACAUUUUACAAUAUGAUCACCCGAUUUUCUUUUAAUAAGAAUUCUUUUGGCAGUAAAUCUUCUUCUUAAUUUGUAUAUUUCUUACGAGUUGGAGUACUAAACUAAAUACGUUAUGAUAAAUUCUUUUUACGCCAUGAUUCUUGAA